GACACGAGCAAGGAUGGGACUCAUCACGGAGAGCCUGGACCACUGAACAACUGAAGAAGAAGAAGAAGAAGAAGAAGAAGAAGAAGAAAAAGAAGAAGAAGAAGAAUGAAGAGGAUGGCUGGAUGCAGUAAUUGCAGCAGACUUUACCUGACAGUGACGGUGUUGAUGUGUGUCCUCGUCUUCACUGAGGGAGUCAGUCUGAACGACCUGCUGGACCGAGCAUCACAACUCUCUGACAAACUGCAUUCACUCAGCACCUCACUCACCAAUGACCUGGACACUCACUUCCCCUCCGUAGGGGGGAAGCUGAUGAAGCCGUCCAUGUGCCACACCUCGUCCCUACAGAUCCCCAAUGAUAAAGAUCAAGCCCUCAUUAUACCGGAGAACGAGCUCCUGUCUCUGGUUCGCUCGCUGCUCCUGGCCUGGUCAGAUCCUCUCGCUCUGCUGUCAUCAGAGGCCACCAAUCUGCCCCACCCUGAGCGCAGCUCCAUCAACACCAAAACCAGAGAGCUGCAGGACCACACCAACAGCCUGGGGGUCGGCCUCGAGCGCCUCGUCAGCAAGAUGGGUUCAUCCCCCGAGUCUCUGUCCUCUCUACCCUUCAACAGUAAUGACCUGGGGCAGGACAACGUGUCUCGCCUGAUCAACUUCCACUUCCUGCUGUCGUGUUUCCGCAGAGACUCACACAAGAUCGACAGUUUCCUCAAAGUGCUGCGCUGCAGAGCUUCUAAGAUGCUUCCAGAGAUGUGCUGAAGGGGGUCACAUUCUCACGUUCCUCCUCAGAACCUCUCUGAACGCAGCAGUCAGAAAUGUUAUAGUGAUGCCCAAUGUUCCUUUUAAAAUGUCCCCCAGGUCCUGAGGUCAAUGUCCUGUGUCCUGAAUGUAUACUUCAGUAGAUUUCAGUUAGUGUUUUAUUAAACAGGUCAUGA